AUGACGCAGCUUCUUGCGGGCAAGUCUAUGGCCAUCACAGGCGGUGUCACCGGUAUUGGACGUGCUAUUGUCCUGGGCUACCUCUCACACGGCGCCAAUGUGGCUGUCAACCAUCUGGGCGAUCCAAGGUCCUCUGAGCAGUAUCAGUCGCUGGUGAAAGAGGCUUCAAAAGACGGAGACCGGUUGAUCGAAAUUCCCGGUGACGUUGGCGACCCAGAGACCGGCAAGAAGCUUGUAGCUGCAGUUGUGGAAAAAUGGGGUCGUCUGGAUGUCUUCGUUAGCAAUGCAGGGAUUUGCGAAUUCAAGGAAUUCCUGGACAUCUCACCAGAGCUUUGGAGCAAGACUGUAAAUACCAACCUUACAGGUGCAUUCAACACCAUUCAAGCUGCCGCAAAACAGCUCUCCACACAAUCCCCACCCGGUGGGUCGAUCAUCGGCAUAUCCUCUAUCUCUGCUCUUGUUGGUGGCGCACAGCAAGGUCACUACACUCCCACAAAGGCCGGUGUACUGUCUCUCAUACAGUCAUCUGCAUGCGCCCUUGGAAAAUACAACAUUAGGUGCAAUGCGCUCCUGCCUGGCACAAUAAAGACACAAUUGAACGAGAAGGAUCUCGAGGAUGAGGAGAAGAGGAAGUACAUGGAGGGCAGGAUACCUCUCGGCAGAACUGGCGUGCCACAUGAUCUGGCUGGGCCAGCAGUGUUCUUGGGCAGUGAUAUGAGCAGCUACAUUACUGGCGCCCAGUUGCUGGUCGAUGGAGGACUGUUUGUAAACCUGCAGUAA